AUGCUACGUAAAGGCAUAUCAAAAAACAAAAUAUGGCUAGAUCUCAACAUGAUGAUGAAAAGAGCCAAGAUCGCCGGUAAAGCCUUGCAAAACCUCUUGUUCCACCACCACCACACCUGGGCAGCGUUCGCCGUCAACCGCCCCUCAACCCCACCCCACCUCUCCUACCCCAACCCUUCCCCACCACCCGGUGAAUACGAGUUCAGCUGCACCACCAGCCCCGUAACAAAAUUCUCUAUUUUCCCAUUCCAAAAGAAACACCACUCGGGCAAUAUUGUUCAACCUAAGGCGGAACUUGACAUCAAGGGUUUUAAUGCGGCUGUUCUCCAGGCCUUGGAGAUGAUCCACAGCGAAACUGCGUCACCUGCGCUGCCCGGGUUUGGGAGGAGUCCGGUGGUGAGGCAGCUGAGGGUGACGGACUCUCCGUUUCCGGUGAGUAAUGUGGAGGAGGAUAACCGUGUGGAUGAGGCGGCCGAGCAGUUUAUUAACCGGUUUUAUAAUGACUUGCGGCGGCAGAAGCAGAUCUGUGGUGGCGAAAAUGUAUGA